ACCAAAACCUUCAGGAAAGGGAAAGGGAAGACGAACUUGACGAUAAUAAUGAGCCAGAUAAUGACGACCUAUCAGCCGCGUUGGCCGAAAAUGCAUCAGAAGUACCUAAUGACGACAUGGAAGAUGAUGAUCUUUUAUUGGACGAUUCUUAUUCACCAUUAGAAAAAAUUUUCGUGUUUGCCAAAAGUGAAUUAGUAUUCCAUAGAGUGUAUAUUGCGAAAGAGCUUUCAAUGUUGAUAAAAGAUGUCGAGAUAAGUGAUGCCGUAGAGUUUCUAUUACCUUUAAUGAAUUCCUUGGGAACUGACCCAGAUGACGCAGUAAGAGAAGCUUUCGCUCCUGAAUUGGAUAAAAUUAUAUGGUUCUUUUAUUCUCAUUGCCCUAUAAGAGAACCUACACCGGAAACGACGACGACGAAUGAUAUUAAAGAUUCCAUCCCACCAAGACCUCUUACUCCUCAAAGGCCGCCAACACCUCGAGAAAGACCUCAAACCCCACAGAGACCACAAACGCCAAAACCCGAAUCUUCAGCACUCCCUUCAAGAUCACAAACUCCCACCGCCACUGCUGUUGCUGCCACGCCUAGUCUUCCCUACUUAUCUCCACAGUCGUUCACACCGCUUCUUCACGCUCUCCUUCUUGAUCAGAAUACCGGCAUUGCGACUGCGGCACAGAAUGUUGUGUUGUCGUUAGUAGGAAAAAUUUUGGAGGAUACAGAAGUCAACGCUAAGGAUAAAGAAUAUCUAGAGAAGGAGACGCUGGAAGGGGUGGUGUUGGGUAUUGGUCGUUUGGAUCAAGAAAGAGCGAAACGUGAAGAAACAGGAGAAUGGGAUCAUGAUGAUGAUCAGAGUAUUGGCGGGGUAGCUGGUAGUGAAGAGGAAGCAGAAUUGGGAAGGAUGACAAUGAUGUCGCUAAUUUCUGCAUUAGCGUCAAUUGUUGGUCCUGAAAGAUCAACUCGAUUAUUUAUUCCCGAGCUGGACAAAUUAGCUGAAGAGCCAGUGUUCUACGUAAGGAAGGAAGCAGCUAUGGCUGUUGGUGGUUUAGUUAAUGUAGUGCCACUUGAUGUAAUUACUACAAAAUUGCUUCCCAUAUACGACCAUUUCUCAACUGACCCAAUUUGGCAUGUACGACGCUCAUGUUGCCUUGUGCUUCCCACAAUAUGUUCCCGACUACCACCAGAAAUGAAAUCCGAUCGAGCAAUUAAGGGCAUCGAUCUAUUUGCCGGCGAUGUAAGUCGUAGUGUUCGAUCGGCUGCUGGUGAAAUCAUCGGUGAACUUAUUGCGACAUUUCAGCCAGGUGGUGAAGUGCCUGAGAAACUAGUGCAACAUUUCCUUAGUUUGGGACCAGGAAGGGAUACCUCGUUGGGUGGUACAAAUAUUAAUAGUUCUUUGACUUCAUAUGGAUUGAAUCAACGUGAUCCUGAACGUCCUCGCUGGGAUGAUUUAAAAGAAACUUAUGCCUCUUUAACACGUGAUAUGCAGAUCAAAGUACGACGAUCCCUAGCCUGUUCAUUACAUGAGAUCGCAAAGGUAAUAGGUCCAGAUAAGACCGAACGUGACCUAUUGAGCGUAUUUGCAUAUUAUCUUGCCGAUAUAGACGACGUGAAAGCAGGUUUAUUGGAGCAUUUGGCGGCAUUUAUCGAGUGCUUGCCCGAAAAAACUCGUAAUGAGUAUUUGCCAUCGUUGAAUGAAGUGUGGGAAGGGGUGAAGAAUCAUUGGCGGCUACGGGAUGUUAUUGCAAAACAACUACCAGAUUUAUGUCGAUUGUUUGACAGUAAAAGUGUAAUGGAUCAUAUACUGCCGUUGACAAUUAGGGCUGUUAAGGAUGUGAUUGCUAGUGUUCGAGAAACUGCUGUCAGCUGUUUCCCAACAUUAUUUGACGUAGUAAGACAUGACACUGCACCCUACAACGAGCUAAUCAAUCAAGUAAAGCAAUUCUCAACAGAUGCUGGAUUCCGAGGACGAGUUGUAUAUAUCCAGAUGGUUAAUGCAUUAAUUUCGAAAAAUACAAUAUCGAAAACCGAGUUCGAGACUCAUUUUUUGCCAGCACUUGUAAGUCUUGCAUCUGAUCGUGUAUCAAAUGUGAGGAUUGCCCUUGCUCGAUUAGUCGGCGAGAUUUGUCGGUUAGAGCAAGGGUACGUAAAUCCAUCUACUCGACCCAUAGAAGUGAAUGAACUAAUAAAACUACUAGCACGAGAUUCAGAUGUGGAUGUACGGGCAUUCGUAUAUUCGCUAUUACCACCUGAAGAGCAAUCAUCCCUGCUUUUAUCAUCAUCAACAGCAGCUUCCUCAAGUAAAAAUUCAACGGAGAAAACUGAAAACGGCCUACUAUCUUACAAUAUUAAAGAGAAAGGCGAUACCUCAAUAACUUCAAACAUAAAUUUGAUGAGUGAUGAUAUGGCGAUUGAUGAACCCAACGAUCGGGAAAAUGGACUUGGUGAUGAUGAUGAUUCUUCAAAUGUAAUGAUGGGUGAUAUUCCGAUUGGAUUUGCCGGGAUUGCUGAUGAUUCCAUGGAAAUUGAUGAUGAUGAAGCUGAAGAUAAAAUGACUAUGGAUGAAUCGCCUAUGCCAUCUUCGCCUUUAUCAUCGUCAUCGAAUCCGCCUUCAAAAACUAAUGAUUCUUCAGGUGUCGUCGAUAUGAUACCGAUUUAUCUUCACAAACAAUCGUAUGAUGUCGAUUCGAUACCGAUUAUGAUUAGUGACUCAUUAAAAGCUAUGCAGGAUAAACAAGAGACACAGGAACAAGAAGCUAUUAACGAACCCAAUGUUGGUAUGUUACAGGAAGCAAAAAAUAUUCCUCUUAAAGAUGAUGAUGACGGUGGUGGUGAACAAAAUUCUAUGAAAUUUGACACGGAAAACAUUAAUCAUGGACAAUUAUCUUCUGACGUAGUUAGUACUAAUACUUCGUCGCCAAGUAAAAUAGAAAUAAAUAGUGAUUUAAUGGCAACGACGACAACGAGUACAACGAGUUUGCGUUCAGAUUCUUUUUUAGCAAACACUUCUUUGCGAGAGGAAGAAAGUACUGUUAAAAAAACAGAAGUUGACCCAGCAUUGUCAACCAGCGCGGAAAAAAUUGUGAAUGGUGAAUUUACUUCAUUAAAUAAUAAGGAGGAUGAUAAUCAUAAGAGUGACGAUAAAAAUGGUGAUAAUAAGAAUGAUGACGAGACUAACAAUGUUGGUAAUGUUAACGAUAACAGCAAUAUUAAUGAAGAGAGUAAAGUGGCGCACGAAGAGAAGACAUUAACUAGAAUAGCACCUGUAGUUACAAGUUCUCCCUCGAAUCACGUAGGUGUUGUCAUAGUAUCAGAAACCGAAAACACUUAA